AUGGCAAAACAGCUGCGCACACUUGGCUGGGACUACUUCAUGUUCGUGGCCUUCGUUUUGAUCACCGUCUUCGGUCCACUAUGGAAACGGAUUUUUGGAAAGAAAAAGCAACGUAGUAAGGCUGAUUAUGUCUUUGCCACAGGCGGCAUAUCAAUUGUGGCAAUUAUGCUAUCAAUCGCACGCGGCACGCUGGGUGUGCGAACAGUGUUGGGUUACCCCAGUGAGCUGUUCUACCGCGGCUCGGCAAUGUGGGAGAUUAUCUACGGCAUGGUCAGUGCGUAUCCCAUUGUGUGCUUCGUUUUUGUGCCAGUUUAUUUUAAUUUGGGCAUAACGUCCGUCUACCAGUACAUAGAUUUAAGAUUUAAGAGUCGGCUGGUGCGCUGCCUCGCCUCUGCCACAUACAUUGUGCGGCAAAUUUGCUCCCUUGGCAUUACCGUUUACACUCCCAGUGUCGCGUUGUCGACCGUAAUUGGCAUUCCCUAUUGGGCAUCCAUUGUGGGCAUGGCUGUGAUUUGCAUAUUUUUCACUAUCAUGGGUGGUCUGAAAGCGGCCAUUAACGCAGAUGUCAUACAAACUGUAACGGUAAUUUUAGUCACAUUAGCCGUCAUUGUGAAGGGUCUCAUAGCAAGUGGCGGUGCUAAACACGUUUACGAAGUGAAUCGGGAUAAUGAUCGUUUACAAUUCUUCAACUUCAGCGGCGACAUGACUGUGCGAGUAGAUACGCUGUCCGCCUGGCUAGGUCAGUUGUUCAUGUCGUUGUCUCAGUUUGGCUGCCAGCAGAACUUCAUGCAGCGUUACGUAUCGCUGAAAUCCAUGAGUCAGGUGCGAAGAGUCAUGAUGACAAAUAUUCCCAUAAUCUUUGUGUUCUUUUCACUAUCGUGGCUGUCGGGUAUGGUGAUAUAUGCUACCUAUGUGAACUGUGAUCCCUACGCUGAGGGCUACAUAAGCAAACCAGAUGAAAUUUUACCCUUCUUUGUGGAGGAUCAGUUGGCGGUGAUACCCGGCUUCGUUGGCAUUUUUAUGGCAAUGCUGUUCAAUGGUGCAUUGUGCAUGAUGGUCUCAAAUUUAAAUUCAUUAGCCACAGUUUGCUGGGAAGAUUUUAUAUCGCAGUUGCCACAAUUCAAGGGACUAAGCGACAAGCAACAGCUUUUCAUCCUUAAAGUCAUAACCGUCAUUUGCGGAUUAAUUAUAAUGGGAGUCGCUUUCGGCGUAGGCCUGCUAUCGGGAGUAAUUGAGUCUUCAUUACUAGCAUUUUCGGCAACAUCCGGCCCAUUAUUGGGCUGCUUCAUAUUGGCCAUGCUUGUGCCGAUUGCCAAUUGGAAGGGCACCUCUGCUGGUAUGAUUUCGUCGUGCGCGUUCGUGAUCUGGAUCAUCACUGGCAGCGCUACAUUGGACAAGAGCGGUCAGAAUAUUUUUCUGCCUACAUCAACAGAGGGCUGCACCAACACCACUUUCUCGCAGUCCAUCAUUAAACCCAAAGAACUUGCUGCGUCGUGGUUAGCUUCGCAUUCGCUCGUCAACGAGACUUCAGCUAUGCAACUAACCCUCAUGGCACCUGAACGCACUCCGAUGGAGACUUUCUACUCUGUCAGUUACAUGUACUACAGUUUACUUGGAGCAGUCAUUGCUGUUGGUGUCGGCGUUAUAAUCAGUUACCUUACACGUGAUCCCAAGGACGCCUACGAUGCGAAGCUCUUACAUCCUAUGGUAUUGAGAUGGUGUGAACGUUUCCCCGGCGAAAAGCCCUAUAUAAUUGGCGAAGCUACCAGCGAUUUGACAUCGGGGGAGAAAGAAAAAGGCACCAAAGUCAACCAUGCCUUUGAUGUACAAACCGAAGCCAAUAUCAUCAUUGGCACAAGUAAUGAAAAACAGAAGCACAAUCCCAUCGAAGUCGUCUUUACUAAAGGGCAAAAUGAUAAGAAAACCGAAAUGCCAGUUGAGCGCAGUAUAACCACCGGUAACCUGGCAAAGGAGGCUGAACUGGAUACGCCACCAAGUGGUGGCGAGAAUGGCACCUACCGCCAGUUUAAAGAAAAGGAAUCGGUGUGAUUCGUAUAUACUAUUAUGUACAUAAUACGUAUGUACGUCAUACGAAGAAAGACCUGGAAUUUAUUGAUAUUCACUAUAUGGCGACUUAUGCAAAUUUACUUAAUAAUAAAUAAAAAAUGUUGGACUUUCGCUAAACAAACUAGUAGUAUACAAAUACAAAUUUUAGUGCUAAGUAGUAAUGGCUAAGUCUGAAAGUUAAAAAU